UCAAGAAAUGUUUCCAACGGACAAGCUUGACACUAAUUCUCACCGCUUAUGUUGUUAACGUCGAGACUAUAUUUUCUUCAAUUGCUAUAGAUUCAUGGAACAAACAGUCGCUUCACCUUCAACAGCUGUUCGAAGUCGAAUGUUUUCACGAGGGUUGAUAGAAGUUCUAGCAUUCAAAUUUCCACAGUGACUGUUGUGCCUCGAACCGAAGCUUUGGAAAUCUUACGUGAGGAAAAAGAAAUCCCUCGAGCAUCUAUCGCGUUUGAUUUUCGACCCGGAAUGGCACAGAAUAUAAAUCCAUUUUAUUCGUCUCAAAACGUGCCGAACAAAGCUUCCGAGGAAAAGCAGAAUGUACCAAAAGAUAACCAUGCAGUUAGUAAACGAUUGCAGAAGGAACUGAUGGUUUUAAUGAUGAGUACUGAGAAAGGUGUCUCCGCUUUUCCGGAUGGCGAAAAUUUGUUUAAAUGGAUUGGAACUAUCACAGGACCAAGGGACACGGUUUACGCCGGACUUACUUACAAGUUGACUUUGGAAUUUCCCCAUAGUUACCCAUACAGUGCACCGGUAGUGCGCUUUGCUACACCUUGUUUUCAUCCAAAUGUGGAUGCAGUGGGUAACAUUUGUUUGGAUAUAUUAAAAGACAAAUGGAGUGCUUUAUAUGAUGUGCGCACUAUACUGUUAUCAAUACAAUCUCUUCUUAGUGAACCUAACAAUGAAAGCCCCCUCAAUCCUCAAGCGGCAAAAUUGUGGACCGAUCAAACAAAGUAUAAGAAACAUUUAACAGAGGAAUAUCACAGAGCUUUGAAUCGCGAUCAACAGGACUCAUGAUAAGUCGAUUUUUCUAAUCAUCUUGGCUGAUUCAUUAUUUUUAUUUGUGUCAAUGUUAUAAUUAGGUAUAAGACAUAUAAAAAUUUGCUGCACCAAACUUAUGAACGUCAUUACAAAAGUUUCAAUCUAUUGUUUGUUCUUGAUUUCUUAUCGUUAUGCCGUAUCGCGUGAAAGAAAAAAACAUCCGUCUUUACAUCGUUCAUUGCAAUCAUUUAUUUUGCUAAAUUUCGUAAAUUUAUCUUGGAGAUGAAUAGAAAUUUGUAUCAUGAUUUUAAGACUGUAUAUGCGGAUUAAACAUUUUUACAUCAUCAA